AGGCGCACCUUUGAAAAUACGAAACAAUUGUGCUAGUUUUAUUGGACACCUGCCAUAUCAUGUGAGUGAAUGUCAAUUGUCAUGUGUCAGUGGCGGAGACGUGAUCACUUCGUGCUCAUACGGCGUAGCGUUCUUUUGCAGACUAGGCCCUAAUCGGAAGUACGCAAGAUGUUCCAGUCAAUGUUACAAAGGGUGAUGUGUCAAACACCGGAGGACACCAAACCGUUCGUCCCCCAACAAGGCCUAGUCAAGUCUCUGGUAGCGGGUCGUACAAUAGCCGCAGCGGCUGCCGCCGGUCCUCCUAAUCCGGGCGAAAGUUGCGAGUUUGGAUCAUUUAAGUACUUCGGUCUCUGUGGUUUAGGAGGUAUUUUAGCAUGUGGUACGACACACACAUUUGUGGUACCUCUUGAUUUAGUAAAAUGCCGUAUCCAAGUUGAUCCAAUCAAAUACAAAAGUUUAUUCAGCGGUUUGGCAGUUACACUACGCGAGGACGGCGCCAAAGGUCUGGCCAAAGGAUGGGCGCCGACGUUUAUCGGUUACUCCCUUCAGGGAUUCUUCAAAUUUGGCUUCUACGAAGUCUUCAAGGUCUUCUAUACGGAUCUUCUGGGUGAGGAAAACGCCUACCUCUACAGAACGUGGCUUUAUUUAUCUGCGAGCGCAAGCGCCGAAUUCUUCGCCGAUAUCGCACUGUCUCCAUUAGAAUCGGUCAAAGUAAAGAUCCAAACUACGCCCGGUUUUGCAAACACAAUGCGUGAGGCGUGGCCUAAGAUUAUGGGUGAGGAGGGUAUGAACGGAUUUUACAAGAGUUUGGUUCCGUUAUGGCUACGACAGAUUCCGUACACAAUGAUGAAGUUCGCCUGCUUUGAAAAGACCGUAGAGCUAUUGUACAAAAAUGUCGUGCCGAAACCUAGAUCCGAGUGUACAAAGGCCGAGCAGCUGGUGGUGACGUUCGCCGCCGGUUAUAUUGCCGGUGUGUUUUGUGCCAUUGUCAGUCACCCUGCCGAUACUGUCGUCUCAAAAUUGAACCAAAAGAAGGGGGUGCCCAUCUCGCAGAUCGUUAACGAAAUUGGAUUUAUGGGAAUGUGGAAGGGAUUGGCCACAAGAAUUGUGAUGAUCGGUACACUGACUGCACUACAGUGGUUCAUUUACGAUGCAUUUAAGGUCGCCACACGUAUGCCACGUCCACCUCCGGCAGAAAUGCCAGAAUCGCUGAAGAAGAAGUUACAGGCGCAAGGAAAACUAUAAACUCUUUCCACGAAUGUAGUGAAAUUAUUACAGUAUUUGCUUUAGGAGCAAUUAAUUAUUAUGUUUCUCUUAAUGUGUCUACCAUUGCGUUGUACAGAAGUUUCGUCUUAAAUUAAACUGUUUUAAUUAAUAAA